GAAGCACGCUGGGCUGUCCCGCAUUGCUGCGGGUCAAGUUAGGACUAGGCGGAGGCUCAGAGUUCAUUUUUUGGGCUUUUUUCCUUUUCAGUCCAGGCCCCACGGGAACCCCGCGUGUCACUAUGGCCGAGUCUCAGCAGGCAUUAGAAGGUCUUACCGAAGAGGCCGCCCUGAGUUUCUGUUCCGACCCAGACCCCAGCACCAAGGAUUUCUUGUUGCAACAAACAAUGUUAAGAAUAAAGGAUCCAAAAAGGUCACUGGAUUUCUACACAAGAGUUCUUGGAAUGACACUACUCCAAAAGUAUGAUUUUCCUACUAUGAAGUUUUCACUCUACUUUUUGGCUUUUGAGGAUAAAAAUGACAUCCCAAAAGAUAAAAGUGAAAGAACAGCUUGGACAUUUUCCAGGAAAGGUACACUUGAGUUAACACACAACUGGGGCACUGAAAAUGACGAGAAACAGGCUUACCAUAAUGGCAAUUCAGACCCUCGGGGAUUUGGCCACAUAGGAAUUGCUGUUCCUGAUGUACAGAGUGCUUGUAAAAGAUUUGAGGAAUUAGGAGUAAAAUUUGUGAAGAAACCUGAUGAAGGCAAAAUGAAAGGACUGGCAUUUAUUCAAGAUCCUGAUGGCUACUGGAUUGAAAUUCUGAAUCCUGAUCAUAUGAUAACCCUCACUUAGUUUUGCCAGAACUCUACAUUUCUGAGAUUUUUUUCUUUUAGAAGAUAUUUUGAAAACAAGGAACUAUGUGAUUCAAAGAUGCUAAACUGAAGAAGAAUGCAGUAUUUACAUAGUCCUCUUUCUGCUUCACAUUUAUUCUUUAGUUCUUUCCAAAACCUAUUUUUGGCUAUAUUUUUCAUUUAUGGUUCAUGUUUUAAAGCCUUUUGUGUCUUCCCACUAGUUGAAAUACUAUAGUUCCAUCUCUGUCCUUGAAUGUAGUCAUGCAUCUUUGCUUUUUAUGUAAUAAUUAGUACAAUUCCUCCUCAGAGGCUGAUUUUUAACUAGCCUUUAAUGCUUCCUGAACAUCACUUCCCUUUGCCUUUUAACUUUUGUUUAACUAUCAUUUUCAAAAAAGCAUUUAAUGUGCUUUUGAUGUGGUCUUUUCUGAGACUUAAAUGCCCUAGAAAUAACUUUUCCCAACAGAGAGUAAGAGAAGAUGCAUACCUUGAAAGUUAAUGUGAAUUUCAAAUGGAAAAAAGUAGAGAAGUUAGUUUAAGUAUUCAUUGUGUUCAAGGAGAUUCACUGAGGUGCAACUUCUAAAAAUCCCAUCAGGUUGAUAAAGAUGUUUGUAUAAAAGUUUUAAAAGUCAUUAUAGAAGCUUUUUGACAUAAGUGGAAAGUUUAUUCUGUUUAAAGGAUUUUCAUAUAAUCAAGACCUCAGUGAUUAGUUUUUUUUAAGCUUUACAUUUGAGAUCAUGCAUCUGAAAUUAAAACCUUAGAAUACAUCCUGAUUAAAGUCUUAUACACUGAAAAAUUUUUUUCUUCAGCUCAUGAUCAGAAUCCUUAUGAAGAGUUUCCUUUACCAUCACUAGGCUGACCUUCAAGCAAAAGAUUCUCAACUGGGCUCAUAUUUAAAGUCUUUCUCUCUUAGCCAAAUUUUAUGUUCUGCUAGUAUGACUUCAGGAAGCCAGAGUUGUCUCCACACCAAAUUAGAAUAAAAGGCUACUUAUGACAUAUUGCUUGUAAAUCACAUUCAGUGAUCACUCAACAUAGAAUUUAAUUAACACAAGAACUACCAAUUAGCAAAUACCUCUGCUAAAUGUACUCCCCUAUCAAACUGACAUCCACUUGAUCUAUUUUUAAAAUAUAGCUGGUCUUUAUAUUCAUUAUGGUCCUAUAAUAGAAAAAUCCUAUUUCACUUAGUAACAGGCAUUUUACAAAAUGUAAUCGAUCCCUAUAGGCCAUUCCAGUAAUGAUUGUGCUCAUCCCACAUGUCUAAUCCAUUGUCAGAUUUUGACAUUCCCAUUUUUACAACUGCUCUUCUCCAUUGGCACACCUAUUCUCCUCAUUCAGACCCUUGUUACCUCUCAUCUGGAGUAUAAUAACUGCUUUCUGGUUGGUCUCCCUUCUGUUCUGUCUCUCAUUCAAUCCAUAUUCCCUUUAACUGCCAGGGUGAUUUUUUUUUCCUAAUACUGCUCUGACCAUGUCAUCCACUACCUACUCUGUGAACUCCAUUGGCCCCUAUUGACUCUAGGAUGAAAUUGGCUUUUAAAAAUCCUUUAAAACUUAGCCACCCUGCUCAAGUCCAGGUACCCCUUUCCAGCCCUACUGCCAGUUCCUCAAACACAAUCCCAUUGCCUCUCUCUAUAUUUGCAUUAGUUUUCCCCCCACACCUAAGAUGGGCUACCUCUUUAUUUUUCCUCUUAGUUUCCUUGAACUACUUAUAAGACUCAGCUGAAAUUUCCCUUAAUCCAGAAGGCUUUUUCCAUUUCAUCCAUAUUCUUAUACCUUAUCUUCUGAGAUAACUUUCUAUCUGCUCCCUUUCUUGACUCUACCAGUUGUUUACAUGUUUCUCCCGAUAGGAUGGAAACUCUUUGAGGGCUGGGGCUGUGGUUUGUGACUUUAGAACAUUGGCUGACAUAUAGUAAGCAUUAAAAAAUGCUUCUUGAGAUGGUAGAAGCACUUUGCAGUGGCUAUUUGGGCUGAAUAGAGCUAUAUGAAUAAUAAAUCACGACCUGUAAAUUCAAUUAAAGUUUAAUUUCAAAUAAAAA